AGAAGAGACUAAACCCAGUGCUCUGUCUGUGAAUGAGUAAUAUGUUACUACAAUAUCACCCUUUGUGGGACUUCGACCUCGCAGCCCAUUGAUACUGGUGCGCGUUUUCCUACAGAGUCAGAUUGUCUGUGAAGGCACCACCUGUCGUCGUCCGAGUUGAGCGUCGUCACAGCCUCGAUGUGUCAUUUCAGCGGAUAAAUUACCGAGCGUCGCAGCCGUCCCGUCUCCUGUGCUGCUCCCGACCUGGAUAAUGGCUGACAGCGACCGUUAGAGCGGUUGUUCUUGCUUAUUGCCAUCGAUGAAAACACACCCAUCUUUAAACCAGCCUUGCUUGAUUUGAAUUGAGGAUGGGGAUGAUUUCUCCAGCGGGCGGCAUGUCCCUCUCCGCGCUGACUUUGGCGCUGCUCACCAUCGUCCUCUGCACUUCUCACGUCAGUGGGAACGAGGACUGUCUGUGGUAUGUGGAUAAAAACGGCACCUGGCACAAUGGCUUUGACUGCCCUCUCAUCACGUUCUGCUGUGGAAACUGCCACCGGCGCUACUGCUGCCUGGACGCCUUCAAGAUGAUCACAGAGAGGGAGCAGAAACGCUGCAUGCUCUUCCAGUUCAGCCCCACCACAUUAGCUGGCAUUGCCUCCUCCAUCCUCCUGUUUGUGGCUAUCAUAGCCACCAUGGUCUGCUGCUUCAUGUGCUCCUGCUGCUACCUCUACCAAAGACGGCAACAGAGGGGACGGACACCUUAUGACACCCAGCAGAUCCCCAUGGCCAGCUAUCCAGUGGAGCCCAUGUAUGAUGCUUAUGGUAAACCACUGGGACCCUCUGACUAUCCACAUCCAGGUUAUCCAAUGGCACCCCAGUACCCUGGCAUGCCCCCACAGUACCCGAUGAUGCACCAUGGACCUUAUCCCCCACACAUGAUGGAUCCUGCAUACAGCCAGGCCCCUCCACCUUACUCUCCACCUCAGUAUCCUGGUCAUUGAUGGUCUGGUCUACAAACACAGAGUAAGGAAGAACAUCACCUGAGGGAAAUGACUGUUUCAAAUAAAGAAGGCAGCAAUGCUCUCUCAAACACGCACUAAAAUAACCGCUACAGCUCGACUAGCAGUGGUUUACCCAUGAAGGAGAACAGAAGGCACUUUAAGGGUUUUUUGUUUGCUUGCUUUGUUUAUUUACUAUGUUGUCCUACUUCACUGGAGUAAUUGUGUGAAAUUUUGUUCUACAACCUGAUGCCUGAUUGCUCCCUGUCUUUCUCACUGAGGGCACCACAACUAUGUGUCCCCGAAGAGAGGAGGUAUCCAGCUGGUGUUUGGAUUCUGUGCUGCUCCGACACACACCUCAAUGACAGGGUGUUACUUAAAGACAAACACCAAACAAAAAGAGGGUCUUCUGAAGGGAUUUACAAAAUUAUCAAUGCACUUUCCCUUUAUUCACUGAAGGGAAAAUACUUAAUUCCUCAGUUUUUAAAUUUAAAUAACUGCCGGAGACUACAUUCCAGAUCAUUUCCACGUUUUCAAAUAUUUGUCUUUAACUUUGUAUUUACAGUUUUUGUAAUACUGUCUUAAAUAUUCUCAGAAGACCCUGAUGGAUUUCAGAGUAAUCCCUAAUUCUUAGUCGCCUGUUUGUUUCAAUUUUGUGUCUCCUUUUUCGAUGUCUGACCUGACUGCUUUACUUCAUGAUAGUAUAUUAGCUGCACCAUUGUAAUGUAACAUCUCAGUGUCAGCAUGCUACUCCCAGUCAAAGUUAUCUGUCCUCCCAUGAUUCUUUUCUGGUUCUAAAUGAAUAACACACAUGUUUUAUAUUGAUUCAGUAAUGCCAGGUAGGAUGUUUUACAGUGAAAUUCAUGUUAAGUGUUUAUUUGUUGUAACAUAUCAGGUCAUGGGAGCUGCAGGUCAAGCUUUUGAUUAAAAUGAAAUAUCCCGCCUUACAAUAAUUAACCAAGGGAUGGAGAAGAGAUUAACUGUUUAAAUACAUAUUUGUAAAUCUGUUUUCUUUUUGGGCUGCAUAAUUUAUGAAAUUAUAACAGAAGUUAUUUUAAAGUAUUGUUAUUGUAACUUACGAUAUGAUCUUUUAGCAUUUUGCUAUCAUUCAUAAGGUGUUUAUUAAUGUAUUUACAAUGAAGGGUACCUCUUACUGUGAAUUUGUUCUCAGCUUCUGAAGAAGCUCCAAGCCAAAAAAAAAACAAAACAAAAAACAACAACAACAAAAAAAAAAAUCUAUACCGUUAAACUGACAGAUUCCCUUCAUCUCAUUGGAGCAAUAUGAAGCUAAGCUAGCUAGCUGUUAGAUGGAGGUGUUUCGGUUUAACUGGCGACUCAGAGGUGAUUGCAUCUGUUGUCAUAGCUGCAACAUAUGUGGAGAAUACCCCUUUCUUUUGUUUUUUUUUCUCAAAAUACAUAUUUGAUAAUUUUUUUGACAUGAAAAGAAGUAAAAAACUAAGAAAAGUAGUAUCCGUGAGGAGUCACCUCCAGUUGACGAUGGCACUUGUUAAACUGCAACACCAGUUAGCUUAGUUUAGCAGAGCAGUGAUGGAAAGUAAACAGGGGAACUGCCUGCCUGAUUCCAGUGUAAGGUAUCAGUAAAAGUCACAAUUUAGAUUUAUAUCCCUUUUUUUCUACCUGUAUAUAAAAUCUACGUGAAAUACAGAGGUAGAAAAAGUACACAGCUGUUGUACUCAAGUGAAAGUUCUGUUACUCUGAUUAAUUACCUCCCGUAAAAAUACUGGUCUAUAAAUCUACUCAGUACUGAGUAGCUUUACACAAAAAUAAGAUAUUUCCUUAUUGGCAAGAUCAACAAGAAAAUAGAUCUCCAAUUUUUUUUUUCAGGUAGAGUCACACCUCUAUAAUAAAUAAAAUACACAGCAACAUUGACAGUUUGGAUUUUACUGAUAUAGUUAAAUUCAAGGCUUUAAAAGUAUCUAUGUUGGCCCACACUACAUUUAGUUACUCUCUACUUUUUAGGUGUUAAAUAUUUUACAGUAUGACAGAGCUGCAAUAACUCUUGAAAACUGGUGGCACGGUGGGUCUCCUUUGUCAAGAACAAGCCAAGUGAACUCUAAUUUAAACUCAGUGGAUAUUUUCACUCAGAUUUAACUCUAGUUUCUGCUGUGUACAACAGCUGUUCUGGAGUCCUUCUCUUGCAUUGUGCUACUGUGUAGUAUACAGAGAUGGAAGAAGUACAGUUACUCUGGUUAAAACCUAGUUAAGUAGAGGUAAAAGUACUGAUUUUAAAAUAAACUCAAAAAACUACAAGUACAGAAAAAACUACCAAAUUACAGCAGUUUUAGUAAAUGUAAUUAGUUGCUUUAGACCCCUGGUGAAAUGGCUGUCCUAUUGGAUCUUAACUGACCUGAGUUGCCACCACCAUAAGCCGUAGCUUGUCAAUGAGUAGAAACACCAGGGAUAGUCCAGCAUUUAUCCUCUCUAAAUCAAUUAAAAGUGCCCAGGUCACCUGUUCACCCUGUUUUCAGUCCUGACCAAGCUAACUAGCUGUAGCUCCAACUGCCAGCUAGCUUCAUGUAUCUUCAGAAGCAACACCAAUAUUCUCUUCUAGCUACUUUGCUAGAAAGCAGAAAGCCUAGGUGUACAUUUCCAAAACUGUUUUAAUACUCUUUAAAAUCUACAAUAAUCAGGAACAGGUUUGUGCUCUAGUUGGGUCAGAGCCUUAAAUCUGUAAUAGCCCCUUCUCAAGUGCAUGAAGUAUAAACCUAGCAACUGACGCAUGUGUUUUAAAGUAAGAAGGCAGCUUACAGGUGAUAUAUUGGUUAUUUUUUUCAGGUGUAAUUAAUCUCAAAUUUGAAAACUAACAAGACGAAAACUGAAAUUCAAUAUUCUUAUUAUUCUGAUCAGGGAAGAAUUGUAAAAUAAUUUUCUUGAGCCUUACUGCUGUAUGUUAUCUAAUUGAUCAACCAUACAAUGAAUAAUUUAACAUUUGUUGUAGGCAUUUUACAGAUUAAAUUAUUUCUAAUGGCGAGGUCCAUGUGUACAGAUUUUUUGAGCCUUUGUAAAGCACAGAGAACACAGGACUUUACUUUGUAAGAUGCUUUCAUAUGUAGUUUAACAUGUUCAGUGAUGUUUCUGUUUAUUUGUGCUUCUAAACUCCAUGAGUGUGUUCAAUGAAACUGACAUCAGCUGGCAAAAUAACGUGGUAGAUAUGGCUGUUUUAUCUGUCGUCAUAUGGAUGGUAUGACACUGUAAUAUAAAGUGGGUGAAAAAUUUUUAUUUCUAUUGACAUAAAAUUUAACUUUGGAAUGUAA